UUUGGAAGAUCAUUGAUGUAUAUGAGGAAGAGCAGGGGACCAAGGACACUUCCCUGUGGAACUCCAGUAUCAAGUGGCCGUGUUGUUGAUGCACUGUCUUUAAUGGUGACAUACUGAUACCUAUUAGUAAGCUUCUAGCUACUCCAGCAAGUCGAGAUGAAGGAAGUUCCAUUAAGUACAUGCGAGAGAACAUCGAUAGUGUCUGCCUUACAGGCAGGGCUUCGGUAUGACAAUCGAGAGUUCCUUGAAGUUCGAGACAUAACUCUUACCUUCGGAAAAGAUUAUGGAUGCUGCACUGCCACCAUUGGACAGACUAGGGUCAUAGCUCAGGUUACAUGUGAGGUAGUGGAACCAAGGCCUUCUCGACCAAAUGAAGGCAAACUGUCAGUCGCUGUUCAUUUAUCACCCAUGGCUGCACCACAUUUUGAACCUGGACGAGGAAAUGAUCUUGUUGAUGAGUUACAAUUAAUCCUAGAUAGAAACAUCAAAGAAUCAAGGUGCCUUGAUCUUGAAUCCCUGUGUAUCAUGGCAGACGAGAGUGUCUGGCAUCUUCGUGUGGAUGUCACAGUUUUGAAUCAUGCAGGUAACUUAGGAGAUGCAUGUAACAUAGCAUCUGUUGCGGCUCUUCGCCAUUUUCACCGUCCUGAUGUAACAGUAGAAGAAGAUGGGCGUGUUACUGUUCACACACUUGAGGAACGUGAGCCUAUUCCUACAUUCAUGAAGAAAGUGCCCGUUUGUCUCACAUAUGCCUUCUUUAUUGUUGAUGACUAUUGUUAUAUGCUUAUGGAUCCUUCGGAAAAAGAAGAAAGGGUGAUGUCAGGAAAGUUAAUUGUUGGCUUAAACCCUCACGGAGAAAUAACUUCUCUAGUUUUCCCAGGCAGAGUGUCACUUCAGAAAGAGCAGAUCGUGAGUUGCAUUCGUAAUGCAUUUUCUAAAGCUAAAUCUUCAGCUGAAAUGGUUCAGAAAGCAGUAGAUGAAGAUAUAGAAAAGAGAAAAUCACUGAUCAAGCCAGAGGGCUUUAUCAAUUGUCUUGCUUCUGAUGCCAGAUAUGCAAGACAGAGAAUCAUGAGAAAAAUAAAAACUACAAGUAAAACUGAAUUUAAAAUCCCACAAGAACCCGUAGAGGAUCUUCAGGAAUCCAUGGAUGAAAUUCAAAUUAAAUUUGAUCCAUUUGAUUCAGAUGAAGUAACCACACCUAUGAAAGUAAAGCAACACACUGCAAAGAAAGUAAAAGUUAGUAAGCCAAGGGAAGUAGCAAGUGAGAGUGAAGAGGAAGAAGAAGAAGGAAAAUUAACUUCACAAGAUUUGCAGUAAUUUAUACUUAAUAUGUGGUGUAUUUUAGGGUAAAUUAGGCAACAAGUUAGUACAUACACUAAUUCAGUAAUUUUUGUAUGACUGAAUGAUUUUAGUAAAUACUAUACAAUAUUA